ACACGCCUUCACCGCGCCGAGCCCUGAUUCACACACGUUCGUUCACUUGCGCGCUGGUGCUUCGGACUCGUGCACGGUCGGGCAGCAGAUCAUCGGUACCAGCACGAGAUGUCUCCCUCACACGCGUCCAUAUAGCGGCGAAUUCGGUUUUACAGCCCGGGAAUCGCGAAGAAAGGCGACUUCGCACCAUCCGGGAGCUUCAUCUGGCGCGAUUGAAGUCUGCCCAAGCCCGCUCGCUGUAUCGCUCGAAUCAGCGUCUGGAUUCAUGAGAUUUCGGACAUUUUAUUGUUGAAUAUCAGCGAUAAUCAUGGCGAGCGACUCUCCCGCGAGGAGUCUGGAUGAGAUCGACCUGUCUGCUCUGCGGGAUCCUGCGGGCAUUUUUGAGCUGGUGGAGCUUGUGGGAAAUGGGACCUAUGGACAAGUAUAUAAGGGACGUCAUGUCAAGACGGGUCAGCUCGCUGCUAUCAAGGUCAUGGAUGUCACAGGGGAUGAGGAGGAGGAGAUCAAAGCUGAGAUCAACAUGCUGAAAAAAUACUCCCACCAUCGAAACAUCGCCACCUACUAUGGUGCCUUCAUCAAGAAGAACCCACCUGGCAUGGAUGACCAGCUCUGGUUGGUGAUGGAGUUUUGUGGCGCUGGUUCAGUCACAGACCUGAUAAAAAACACCAAAGGGAAUUCACUGAAGGAGGAGUGGACAGCCUACAUCUGCAGAGAGAUCCUCAGGGGUCUGACCCACUUGCAUCAACAUAAGGUCAUCCAUCGGGAUAUCAAAGGGCAGAACGUUUUGCUUACAGAAAAUGCGGAAGUCAAACUGGUUGAUUUCGGUGUGAGUGCACAGUUGGACCGCACCGUCGGAAGGAGGAACACUUUUAUUGGCACGCCAUAUUGGAUGGCUCCGGAGGUCAUAGCCUGUGAUGAGAACCCAGACGCCACAUAUGACUUCAAGAGUGAUCUGUGGUCGCUGGGAAUUACGGCUAUCGAAAUGGCUGAAGGGGCUCCUCCACUCUGUGAUAUGCAUCCCAUGCGCGCGCUCUUCCUCAUACCCAGAAACCCAGCACCCCGUCUCAAGUCCAAGAAAUGGUCUAAAAAGUUCCAAUCGUUUAUUGAGAGCUGUUUAGUGAAGAAUCACAAUCAGAGACCCAGUACUGAACAACUCAUAAAACACCCCUUCAUCAAAGACCUGCCGAAUGAGAGACAGGUCCGAAUUCAGCUCAAAGACCACAUUGACCGGACUAAAAAGAAGAGAGGAGAGAGGGACGAGACCGAAUAUGAGUACAGUGGCAGCGAAGAGGAGGAAGAGGAGCGAGAUAUAGGAGAGCCGAGCUCCAUCAUAAACAUCCCCGGUGAGUCGACUCUGAGGCGGGACUUCCUGCGUCUACAGCUGGCCAAUAAGGAGCGUUCUGAAGCCCUGAGGAGACAACAGCUGGAGCAGCAGCAGAACGAGGAGCACAAGCGCCAACUACUGGCUGAGAGGCAGAAGCGCAUUGAGGAGCAGAAGGAGCAAAGGAGGAGACUAGAGGAGCAACAGCGACGGGAGAGAGAGCUUCGCAAACAACAGGAGAGAGAGCAGAGGAGGCGCUAUGAGGAGAUGGAGCAGCUGCGGAGAGAGGAGGAGCGGAGGCACGCCGAGAGGGAGCAGGAGUAUAUCCGUCGCCAGUUAGAAGAAGAACAAAGGCAGCUGGAGAUUCUUCAACAGCAGCUUCUGCAAGAACAAGCUCUUCUGCUGGAAUAUAAACGCAAGCAGCUGGAGGAGCAGCGUCAGGCCGAGCGGUUGCAGCGGCAGCUCCAGCAGGAGAGGGCUUACCUGGUCUCACUGCAACAACAGCAGCAGGAGCCACGACCUGCGGACAAAAAACAACUGUAUCACUACAAAGACUCGGUCAACCCAAGUGAUAAGCCGGCCUGGGCCAAAGAGGUGAUGGAGAGAGCUCAGAGUAACUCCCCUCGAAUCCCUCCUAAGAAGCACCAUUCGUUUAACAGUCCAGGAGACAAACGAGUCGGCCAAUUCCUUGCUCAUGACCAGAACCCCUCUAAUCAACCCACGAGACCCCCUUCCUACCCAGCAUCUUCCCAUUCCAGAGAGAUGGAUCUGGCCGAGCCCCAGCUCAGGAUAGUCAGUGGGCCAAACGUUCCUAGAAUCCGAGUGUCUUGUGAACCAGAUCCAUCCCAGCUGGCCAGGAUGGUCCAGCAGCACCUUGAGCAAGAGUCCCGGGGCCACAAUCGCUCCAGCAAAGGGGCUGAAAUUGAUAGAGACUUAUACGUCUCAAAGGUUGAGGAACGAUCCAAGCUGAAUCGCCAGAGCUCUCCGGCUCUCCAGCACAAAGUGGCCAACCGUAUUUCAGACCCCUCCCUCCCUCCCCGUUCAGAGUCCUUCAGCAGUGGAGGAAUACAGCAGGCCCGAACGCCUCCAAUGCAUCGCUCCGUGGAGCCUCAGAUGGCACAUCUAGUUUCAGUGAAGUCCCAUGGCUCCUCCAUGACAGGAUCCCAGUCUCUGCAUGAUCAGUCGUCUCAGGGCGUCUCUGCUUUCCAGGAGGGUCUGUCGCCUCACAGACCCCCGAUGCCUCGGCAGAACUCUGACCCCACAUCAGAGACCCCGGCUCCACCGCCUCGCAUCACCAGCCGAGACGAUCGCGGCUCCUGGCUGAGGCAGGAGGAGGACGUGCCUCCAAAGGUGCCCCAAAGGACCACUUCCAUAUCCCCUGCACUGGUGAGGAAAAAUUCUCCUGGGAAUGGACCAGGCGGAUUGGGUCCAAGAACCGGAGCACAUCUGAUUCGAGCCAGUAACCCAGACCUGCGUAUCCCCGUGGAGCCCUCUCUCCAGAGGACCAGCAGUGGCAGCUCCUCCAGCUCCAGCACACCCAGCUCUCAGGGCGGCUCCAGUGAGAGGAACCGGUUGGGAGGCUCCAAUAAACCUGAGGGAUCACCAGCAGUGUCCCAAGAACCCAAGGCCAAAACCCAAGAGGAGAACAGGGAGGUGACCAGACCCAGCCGACCCGCGAGUUAUAAGAAAGCCGUAGAUGAGGAGGAGCUGGACCUCACUGCUCUGGCCAAAGAACUGCGUGAGCUGCGAACCAAUGAGGACACCAACAGGCCACCGAGGAAAGUGACGGAAUAUUCCUCAUCCAGUGAGGAUUCAGAGAGCAGUGAGGAAGAGGAUGGAGAGGGUGGAGCUCAUGAUGGCACAGUGCCUGUCAGUGAUAUACCACGCAUCAUGCCUUCUGCUGGCCAGGGUGGCACUGACUCAUUGGGCAACCAGGAGGAUUCUCAUUCCAAUGAUUCAUUCGGCAAAAAUUCACAAGACAGUACCCUGAUGAUGCGUGAGACGUUUGGGGAAAGAAAGCUCGGUCAUGCCGAGAGCAAUGGUUUCCCCGGUAGCUCCAAUCUGCCUGAUCUAGUGCAGCAAAGCCACUCGCCCGCCGAGGGCCCUGGGCGGCAGUCUAGUGCGCUGGACCUGGACUCUGUGGCUGAAUUUGGGAUGGGAAAAGCCUCCUUCACUCCUUUUGUGGACCCUCGAGUGUAUCAGACGUCCCCGACAGAAGAUGAUGAGGACAACCCUGCCUCAGCUCUUUUCGCAGAUGAGCUCCUGCGGCAGGAGCAGGAACAGGAACAAGCUCGACUGAACGAAGCUCGGAAGAUAUCUGUUGUUAAUGUCAAUCCCACUAAUAUCCGGCCACACAGCGACACGCCAGAAAUCCGCAAGUACAAGAAGCGCUUCAACUCUGAAAUCCUGUGUGCGGCACUCUGGGGAGUGAACCUCCUGGUAGGAACAGAAAAUGGCCUCAUGUUACUCGAUCGCAGCGGUCAAGGCAAAGUCUACAAUCUGAUCAACCGCAGGCGAUUUCAACAGAUGGAUGUUCUGGAGGGUCUCAAUGUCCUGGUCACCAUUUCAGGCAAGAAGAAUAAACUGAGGGUGUAUUAUCUAUCAUGGCUCAGAAACAGAAUACUUCACAAUGAUCCUGAGGUGGAAAAGAAACAAGGAUGGAUCACUGUUGGUGAUCUGGAGGGUUGCGUUCAUUAUAAAGUCGUCAAAUACGAGAGGAUUAAGUUCUUGGUGAUUGCAUUGAAGAACGCAGUGGAGAUUUACGCCUGGGCUCCCAAACCCUACCACAAAUUCAUGGCUUUCAAGUCUUUCACGGACCUUCAGCACAAGCCUUUGCUGGUGGAUUUGACGGUGGAGGAGGGUCAAAGGUUGAAGGUCAUCUACGGCUCCAGUGUUGGUUUUCAUGUGAUAGAUGUGGACUCUGGGAAUCCGUAUGACAUCUACAUCCCAUCCCACAUUCAGGGCAGUGUUACCCCUCACGCCAUUGUGGUGCUUCCCAAGACCGACGGCAUGGAGAUGCUUCUGUGUUAUGAAGAUGAGGGAGUCUAUGUGAACACAUACGGCAGAAUCACUAAAGACGUGGUGCUCCAGUGGGGAGAGAUGCCCACCUCUGUUGCCUAUAUCCACUCCAACCAGAUCAUGGGCUGGGGAGAGAAAGCCAUUGAGAUCCGCUCCGUGGAAACGGGACACCUCGACGGAGUUUUCAUGCACAAGCGAGCACAGCGACUGAAGUUCCUGUCUGAGAGAAAUGAUAAAGUGUUCUUUGCCUCGGUUCGAUCAGGAGGCAGCAGCCAAGUUUUCUUCAUGACCUUGAACAGAAACUCCAUGAUGAAUUGGUAAUUCAUCUCCACCCUCCCCUGCAUUGUGUCUGUGGACCUUUUCUACUUUAUUGAAAAGUGUGGAAAAAAAGGAAAGACAGAAAAAAUCCAGGUGCACUGGAUAAUCCAUCAGAUGGCAAAAAAAGACCCAAACUUUUGCUGGAAAGAGUCAAAGAAUAACCCCAAAUGAACAACACACGGGGGCGUCAGAGGAAAACAACCGGUUUUUAUGACUCUUUCAUUAACAUACGUGGGGUUCUGAUGUUUUUUUUGUCCUUGCAAAUAUGUAUCUAGAUUCUUCUGGAGGUGAAGACUGGAAAUAAGACAUAAGUGUGGAAACCAAACCCACAGAGUAGAGUGAAUAUUUGUACUGUUAAGACACUUUUUGACACAAUAAUAUCACGGUUGUGCUGAACGUCAGUGAACCUCCCUUUGCGGGAUGAAUCCAUCGAGCCUGGUUUGUGUGAUCGACCCUUUUUCUUUUUUAUGUUUCGACUUGGAAUGCACACGGAUGUUUGUGUCUUGUGGAUAUCGGUCUAACGUGUGAAAUCGAAACUAAUAAUUAAGACUUGCAUUGGAGCAGACACACUUCGGGCUGUCCACAGAAUGCCUUAAAUAUGAAUUCGCAAAGCUGCUCGUUUUAUUUUUUAAGUCCAUUAUAUAUUGACGUUGAUGCAUAUUUCUGGAAGGAACAGAAAAUGCUCAUUAUUUUUGGGACGGAAAUGCCUGCUGAUAUGGACGAAUAAUGGAAAUGAUUCUGAAUAUUCAUACUGUGCAUUCCUAGUUUUAUGCCAAAGCUCUAUAGUAUUCACAUCACAUUUGAAGCCUGUGAUUUGGCACCGUUUUCCUUGAAUGUGCUGCAGAUCCAAACGUUUCUUCCAUUGUCAGUUCAUGGAUAUAAUGCAUAUGUGGGAGAAUUUACUAUAUGGCUCAUCCUAAAAUCAAAAUUAUUCUCGUAUAAUACCCCUCAAUCCUACAUGAUCCCCUUCCCACACAAAAACAGAUGAUUAGCUUACUGUCUGAGCUGCUCUUUUACAUCAAAUAAAUGGUGACCAGAUACUUGUAAGUCUCAAAACAUACCAUUAAAAUAGACUUUAGUUUCUGAAGACAUUUUUUUUCUUAGGAACCGAAAUGCAAGUCUUAAUUCGCCAAAUAAUCCUGCUCUUUUCACAUGUAUUGCUUGAAAAAGAACAGCCUAUACAUUUUAAUGAAAAAUUAACCACUAUUUUUACAGUUUCUUCAAUCACACAAAAAAAAGAUAUUUAGAUGUCUUUUUAAAAGGAAUAGCUUUGAUAAAUCAACAAAAUCCAGCUUGACACUUGGCUUUAGCACCUACUAUAAGGAAAUAAACCAACUGGAUAUUUAGACAUGACAACAAAUUGUCCUCAUGGAGUGUGAAAAAUUUGACCCUUUUAACAUCACAGCGCUACGAAAUGUUCUGAAUAUUUCAACCGAUCGCUAAAUACUACAGAGCUUUGUAUUGAAACAUAAAAAAGUACACUGAGAUUCUGUUGCGAGUUGCUGCGUACUAUGAGUGUGUGUGUGUGAAUAAAUGAUCAAAUGUAAUGAUUUCCACCUACAAUACAAAAAAAAAGGUGUAGAUAUGUUAUCAUUGACAUACCAGCAAUCUCGAAUUGUUUUCAUAUCAGGAGCAGCAAACCUCCACAUGUCAUUAGGAUAUAAGAACGCGCUGCGUUUUUUGUAUUUUUAAGUUUGUUUUCUCAUGACUUUCUGCAAAGUGCAAUAAAGGCCAAGGGAACAGAGCCUGGUGAGUCAGUCGCUCACCCCUCCUCAAGAUUGAUCUAUAUAAUCUCCAACUCUUUCUAGAGGGACUUUCACUACCACCCUCUGUAAAUAUCUAUUUACAUUUUUUUUUUUUUUUGGAAACAAACUUCUGAAUGCCUCUGAAUCAAAUGCAUAGGAACUGUGAGGGUGUGACAGAAAUGCUGUAUAUGGUUCUAUUAGAUCCAAAUCUUUUUUUCCGUAUGAAUCCGUGAACAAAGGGUAGUGUUUUGUGAGUAGAGCUUCCUUUUAGGCUACCUCGUUUCUGUUCACCUGUUCAGAUCGGUUCAGUUUUUCUGUGUGGGUAAUGAUGCCGUAAAUAAGUGACAUGAUUUUAAGGCAAUAUUCAAGAUCGUAGUUCGAAGAGGCAAGUAUUUAUUCUCUGGGAGGAAUUAUGUCUUUUCGAAAUGCAACAGUAGAUCGGUGAAUUUUCAAGUUUAAUAAAUCAUAAUAGGUUUUUUUUUUUUUUGCAAUUGGCGAUGAAUAUGUUGUAAUUAACUCAUGUAAAAGAAAGUUCUGUUGUCGUUACAUGUCGAUUCACAGGUGGUUUGAGUGUAGAGUGCCAGAAAAGCUUUUUUUUUUUUUAAAUAAACAAAAACAAAAAAUCAUGGUGCAAUGUCUCGUGCAACAGCCAAAAUAAGCCUACACUUCAUAUUAGGGGGAUUCUUCAAUUAGGGAAACUUUUUUUGUACCCAAAGGUGAUAUUAAAGGGAUUUUAUAAAUAAAAUGCUUAGUUCAUUUAAAUUGUCUCUUUAAUUUAUUCUCUAAUGAUAUAUUCAGUGCUAUUGUCAUUACCGCAUUGCAAAUGCGCUUAAAUUUUGAAAUGAGUACGAUUUCAUGGCUUUAAAUCAGAUUAUUAGGCAUUUGAAUAUUGAACAAAAUACUGUCAUAUCAUUUUAAUAUUUUUUUAAAGUUAAACCGUUAUCAUAAAUAUUUUAAUUAAUGUGAAAUUUGAAAUUUCAGUAUGCAAAGCAUUAUAAUUUAUUGUUACAAGUUUGUGUCAUUGCCGAAAUUUGAGUUUUACAAAAAUAUGCAUCUCCAAUAGUUCUGUCAUAACCACCAAACCAAGCAUUUAGAUUUUCAUCACAUCAUUUAGUGUCAUUUGCAGAAUUUUUAUUUACGAAAACAAAUCCGCUUUCACAUUAUAAAAAAUGAUGUCAUUACCACCACAACAAGCAUUAUUAUAUCUCUUAAUUUAUGUAGGUUUACUAGAAGUCAUUACAGAAAUUUGAAUUCACAUACAAAUACAAAACAAACAAAACAUACAAAACAAACGACUGUAAUAUGAUUUCAAUAUUUUCUUUAAAGUUAAAACAUUAUCAAAUUUAAAUUAAUGUAAAAUUUUAUCAUUUAUCUGCCAUUUUCAGUAUGCAAAGCAUUCUAAUUUUUUAUUAAAAGUUUGUGUCAUUACCGAAAUUUUAAUUUUACAAAAAUUUGUAUCUUCAAUAGUACAGUCAUUACCACAAUUAGCAUUAGCAUUUGAUUUUUAUUAACAUUAUUUAGUAUCAUUUACACACAUUCAAUUCAGAAAAUAAUAAACAGUGAGUGGUCACACUUUUUUUUCGAAAUCAUAAAUUUUUGAAAAUAAGUACAAUUGUAUGGCUUUACAUCAGAUUAUUAAGGUUUUGAAUCGGACACGUUCAACAAGCGACUGCCAUGUCAUUUCAAUAUUUUCUUUAAAGUUAAACCGUCAUCAUAAGUAUUUUAAUUCAUGUGAAAUUUGGUCAUUAUCUGUCAUUUAAAGCAUUAUAAUUUUAUUGUUACAAGUUUGUGUCAUUACCGAAAUUUUGAUUUUACAAAAAUCUGUAUCUUCAAUAGUACUGUCAUUACCAAAAUACCAAGCAUUUUGAUAUUUAUAUACAUUAUUUAGUGUCAUUUCCAGAAUUGUGAUUCACAAAAAAUUAACCGAGUUUUCAAAUAAAUUUUUCUAAAUCUGCUUAAAUUUUGAAAAUGAAUACAAUUUUAUGGCUUCACAUCACAUUAGUAGGGGUUUGAAUUCAUUUCCGGAGUUUUGAUUAACAAAAUCAAAUUACACAGCCUUCACAAUUUUAAAAAUACUGCCAUUACCACCAUAUCAAGCAUUAUUAUGUCACUAAAUUUAUGUAGAUUUACUAGAAGUCAUUACCGAAAUUUAAAUUCACAUACAAAUAGUUAACAAACAACAGUCCAUACCAAGCAUUUAGAUUUUGAUAUCAGAUUAUUUAGUGUCAUUUCCGGAAUUUUGAUUCUCAAAAAAUAAACGCAGUGAGUGGUCAAACUUUUUUUCAAAAUCUAUUUAAAUUUUUAAAAGGUGUACAAUUUUAUGGCUUAAAAUUAGAUUAUUAGGGGUUUGAAUCAGACAUUCAACAAACAACCAUCAAGUUAUUUCAAUAUAUUUUCUUUAAAGUUAAACCAUUAUCAAAAUUAUUUUAAUUAUUUGAAAUUUGGUAAUUUAUCUGCCAGUUUCAUUAUUCAAAGCAUUAUAAUUUAUUGUAAAAAGUUUGUGUCAUUACUGAAAUUUGAAUUUUACAAAAAUCUGUAUGUUCAAUAGUACUGUCAUUACCACAAUACCAAGCAUUUUGACUUUUAUAUCACACGAUUAAGAGUCAUUUGCAGAAUUUUGAUUCACAAAUACAAAGCUUUCACAUUAUUAAAAAUUCUGUCUUUUCCCCACACCAAGUAUUAUUAUGCCACUACAUUUAUGUAGGUUUAAUAGAAGUCAUUACCGAAAUUUUAUUUCACAUUCAUAAUUUUUAACAAGCACACAACUGUCACAUUAUUUCAAAAUUGUCAUUAACACCAUCAGUGUUGCCAGAUGUAGCUGACUGAUUCCAGCCCAAAGACUUCCAGUGUCCUUGGAAGAUCAAAACCGUUUUAAGCAUUUGUAGGUGAAGAACUGGGGGUAUGUCAUCACUUUGGGAGAUCAUAACAGGUUUAUAAGUGAAAACCGGAGCUGGCGGGCAUGCCAUUACAAAACCGCCCAAAUUUUCAUUACCCGCCUAUGUCAUUUUUUACCUGCACAAUCAAAUUCAAAACCGCCCAAUCUGGAAACCAUAAACACCAAAGCCAUCAGAUUUUAAUUAUUCAUUUCUAAUCAUUUACAUAACAUUUGGGGGAAAAGCAACAAUUUAAGUAUUCAAAAAUGCCUCUAAUUGCAGAAUCACCCAUUAAUAGACUUGAAGUCCAAAUGACAUGGCAUUUUAUUUCCAAAUGUAUAGAAACAUGACACAACAGUCCUUUAUAGACUUUUGUAUAUUUUCAUUACUGUUCUGUAAGGGCAAUAGUGUGAAAUUCACUUGACACGUCUAUUAUCAUUUGAGACUUGUUUUUGUGUGUGUGUGUGUCCAUCAAACUGUGAACUGAGUGGAUGUGUGUGCAGGUUUUCUGAUGGGGUCUUCCCAUUCAUUUUAUCAACACAUGUAAACUGUGAGGUCGUCGAUUUUAUCAUUCCCUCUCUCAUGUGUGAAAAGUCUUACGAUGUGUGCUUGAGCUCAAUUUCUUUAUAAAUAUGGACCGUAAGUACAUCCUUUAUAUUCGGGCUGAGUGAGCUGUUUUGUUUCUGUAUUUCUUAAUUUUUGCGUAUAAUUAAACAGAUUUAUAGCACAACUGAGCUUUCUGGAUACUGGCUGUUAUUUUUAUGGUGUGACUGGACGUAUGUGUGUGUUUAAGUUUUUCAAGCCUGUAAAACAACCACAAUACAGGCAUUUUGACUCUAAUGAGAAGUGGUGACGUUUUUAAGAUCAGAAGCCUUCUGUUAAACAUUCAAAGCUGAGACUGGGCAUUUAUUGAGGCUUUAGUGUUAUAUUAAUAUAUAUGUUAGGCUAUUAAACUAGAGGUUUAUUCCAAAUGGUAACUUUAAAUGUAGCCUGGAUUUUAAGAGAUGGCGAUCCCAUCUAAUCUGUGCCUAGUCCAUAUAGUGAGUGUUCCUUUUUUUAUUACUAACAAUUAUGUGGUGCAUAUCAAACAAACAACAGUCACUAAAAUCCCUUUUGUGCAAUUCAAGCUUCUAAAAAUGAAUCUUUUAAGGUUGUAAUAUGUUUUUACAAUCUAGUUUCACUUGAUACCCUGAUUUGUUUAAUUUAUUGUUUUGUACAGCGCUUAAACGCAGGUAUGGAAGGCAGCAGUUUUAUUAUUGCUGUUUUCAUAUUUCAAGAAGAUGGUUUUCUUUUGCUGUGUUUUGAAAUAGUGCUUUAAGAUAAAAGUGAACUUUGUUGAUUUGUUUUGUUAUAAGUUGUUGGUUUGUUAUUUUAAUGCAGUAUUGUUCUUUGCUCUUUCCUAAUGAAAUAAAUUCAACCCUGAUAA